AAUCGACCAAUUACCGCUGCACAUGCGUAUUACCGUUUUGUUCGCCGGUCUGGUUGGGGAUAGAUUUCACCACUGGGAGUCCAUUGAAACAAAUUUGGUACCAUAUUUUGCUGCAGUAUGCAGUAUAAUAACGUAUUCCACAAUAGUUCGAUGUUCAGAUCACGUCCUGAUCGCAGUGAACAAUUCGGUAAGCAGUCCAACUAUUGGUACGGCCCUCCACAGCACACCAUCGCUCCAGUUCAAGAUUUUGGGGGCCCUAUUUCAAAACAAUACAAAAAGAAACCUCAAGAGGACCAAAAACAGACCAGUACCGUACCUGUGUGGAACGGAAUGGAAUUGAAACCUUUCCGAAAGAACUUUUACAUUCCUCACAACAACGUGAAGAACCGCAGCCAGCAAGAUGUCGACGAAUUCCGGGACGUAAACGACAUAAUAGUGCGAGGAAACACCGUGCCGUGUCCCAAUUUGUGCUUCGAAGAGGGCAACUUCCCUGACUACAUCAUGCAGGUCAUACUGAAGCAAGGUUUCGCCGACCCAACCGCCAUCCAGUCGCAAGGUUGGCCAGUGGUGAUGUCGGGUCGCGACUUGGUAGGGAUUGCCCAGACCGGCUCUGGAAAAACUCUCGCGUAUAUGCUACCAGCUGUAGUCCACAUUAACCAUCAACAAAGGCCCCAGAGGGGCGAAGGCCCGAUUGCCCUAAUCCUAGCCCCAACUAGAGAACUUGCCCAACAAAUCCAAAAAGUAGCCCACGAGUUCGGGUCAACGACCAUGGUGAGAAAUACAUGUAUUUUCGGAGGCUCGCCCAAAGGGCCUCAAGCAAGGGAUUUAGAACGAGGAGUGGAAAUAGUUAUCGCGACGCCUGGAAGAUUAAUCGACUUCUUGGAAAAAGGUACCACCAAUUUGCAAAGGUGCACCUAUCUGGUGCUCGACGAAGCCGACAGGAUGUUGGACAUGGGCUUUGAGCCCCAGAUUAGGAAGAUUAUCCAGCAGAUCAGACCCGACAGGCAAGUCCUAAUGUGGUCGGCAACUUGGCCGAAACAGGUGCAAGCACUCGCCGAAGAGUUCUUGGUAGACUACGUUCAGGUAAACAUCGGUGGGCUAUCUUUAGCCGCGAACCAUAACAUCAAACAAAUCGUGGAAGUUUGCGACGAAAACGACAAAGAAGAAAAGUUGUGUAAGCUUCUGAAAGAGAUCGGUUCCGACUCGUGCAACAAAAUUAUCGUUUUUGUCGAGACCAAGAAGAAGGUUGAUGAUAUCACGAAAUGUAUCCGACGAGAAGGCUAUGCCGCUAUUGCUAUUCAUGGUGAUAAGUCUCAACCAGAGCGCGACUAUGUGUUGGCGGAGUUCCGUUCGGGCAAAUCUUCGAUUUUGGUUGCUACGGAUGUGGCAGCCAGAGGCCUGGAUGUAGAAGAUGUGAAGUACGUCAUCAAUUUCGAUUACCCCAACUCCAGUGAAGACUACGUCCACAGAAUCGGUCGCACCGGCCGAUGCCAACAAGCCGGCACAGCUUACGCAUUUUUCACGUCCAACAAUCAAAGACAAGCAAAAGAUCUAUUGGCCGUAUUAGAAGAAGCCGGCCAGAACGUAUGUUCCCAAUUACAAGAAAUGGCGCAAAACGCCCGUCCAACCCAAAACGGUAGAAGCAGAUGGCACAACAGAAACAAAGAUAAUUCCUCGCCUAAUUCGAACAACUCGAAUAGGGGAACGAAAAGUUGGAGUAACAAGAAUUUCAGCAACGGCAAUGAUUAUCGGCAGAACCAAUCUGCGAGAGUCAACAUGAACGGAAACGGACCGAGGGGCGACAAUAUGCAACGGAACAACGGUCAGAGGAACUACUCGAAUGGAUUCGGCUAUCAAAAUCCUCAAUUCCAAAACGGUCAAGGGUAUCAAGCGUCUUACAGUCCGCCCAACAUGUACCAGCAGAGUCAGCAGGGAAACGGCGGGAGACAUUAUGGUAACAACACACGCAACUACAACGCCCAUUCCCGCUACAACCAGCAGCGCCAGCCCGCGUACGGCGGCCCCCCGCCCGCCAGCAGCCCCAACAUGUACCACACCGUGCCCCCACAGGCCUACAUGAUGCAAGCGGCGCCCGGCCCGGACGGCAUCCAGUCCAUCAUCAACCACAAAUUUUUCCAGAGCAGCCGCUUGCCCAGCACCACCAACCCGUGCGCUUAUCAGUCAAUGGGUCAAGGUCAAGCGACACCCUACAACCAAUUCCCCGGCCCCCUCCCCUACACCUACCCCUACACCCAACAGCCAGCAACCGCCGUACAGCAGUAAAUACGCACCAGAGGGCGCCAGCGUCGUUCCUGUUUUAUGUAGUCUAUAUGUAAUCUCAUUGAAGGGUGGAUCGAUCCAUGUCAAAACGAUAGUUAUUUUUGUACUAAUAAUAAAUUUCUUGCGUCAAGUGUUGAGGUUUAGUGCGGUUGCACGUUUUGAAAUGGAAUCCCCUUCAUACACGUUGUCAAUUCGGUGUUUUUGGUUAACACAACGACGCGACGUCACGCGCCCGGGGCAGGCCUCGUUUAAUAUCGAAAUUAUAGUUUAGGUUGCGUUAUUACUUUGAUCGGCAGAGGAGCUAUGCGGUUGAAGUGAUAAUUUUUCGGAAAAGUGCUCGGUCGCCAGUUUUUGGUGUUUCGAUGUUGGGUGGGGUUUGCCCGGGGACGUUUGCACGCUUUGGCUUAAUGUUUAUUCGAUAACGCAGUGGGCUCUCCGACUCUUACAGGUGUUUGUUUGCCGGUUCCGGCGUUAUUAUAUAUUUAGUGUGUAAUCUGUGUGUUCUCGCAACGAGAUUUAGGUAGUCUAGUGUAACUAUCUGUAUGCUGUUGAAAUGCACGAAACAUAUAGAAGGGGAGUUCGGGCUCGUUUCGUUCUAUAGUAUUUCAUAUAUUAACUUGAAUCCAUGCUGUUUAGGAGAAGAGCGUCCAGUCAAAGAUUUAUAUUUCUCCUUUGUUUGGGGUCGCUUCGAAGUAUGGAUGUUUUGACUGUACGGGAAAAUUGUAGCCAGCAGCAGCGCAGAGUGAGAGUUUUAGCCGUACGCGUCGUGUGCAAGUGACUCGUACCUUUCGUUUUUAAUUUAUUGCGAUUCUUGACAUGACUGCUUGUGUCGUGUAAAUAUGUGUAGUAUUAAGUAUUAACUCGUUCGUCGUUUAGCGUGGUGCUGACUAGUGCGCACGUCCAUCUGUGAUAUUUAGCGAUUACGGUAGCAAAAGAAUAAUAAUAUUAACUUUUCCGUGUCUGGGAGAAACGCCAAGCGUUAUUAUAUUAAGCUAUGUACAAUAACGUUGCAAGGAAUGUGAUAUUUUCUAUAAAAAAGACUGAAAUAUCUCUAGAUAAUGUUUCGUUUUAAAGCAAGGCCAGACGGUCCGUUUUGAACCUCAAGAUUUUUAUUGUUACGUAUACAGUUUUAUUAGUUUUUAUACGGAAAGAGAGCGUAUCUCGGUCACUGAGUGCGGCAAGCACAAAGUUAUUUCAUUAUUCUAUGACGUUAUCAUUCGCGCCAUUGCAUCGUAACGAUUAACGAUUUUAUAUAAUAUUUAAUAUGUCUGUUUUUUUUUCACGUUUCGUUUUUCUUUCGUGGUAUGUUUCUGUCGCAAGUACCUUGUAAUUAUAAGUCUCGAACCAGAACUGGGGUAAAUCAAACGUGAGUGAUCCGCUAAGCGCGAUUUCGGUCAUGUUUUAUCACUACUUACUUUAGUUUGUUUUUUUCCUUAUCGACAAAUUAGAUGCAUGACCCUCGCAUUAAAACUCUCUAAAGAAAAAAAGUUGUUGUUAAAAGAAAAAGUUAUUAGUUAUAUACUCUUCUGUAAGUUUCCAGCAAGUGCAUUUCUUGUAUGUAAUACAGUAUUAAUAUAGUUGUAAUUUGAAUAUAUUCAUUUCUAAUGUUUUCUUGGCAAUUCGAUUUUUAACCUGGAUGUAUAAUUGUAUAUUCAUUAAAAAAAAAAAGGAAACGAAAUAUUUAUAUUUUGUGAAAAAAAUUGGGACUUGAAAUUUUUAAUGAAAAAGAUGGAAUCUACAAAUGUCGCUGUAUUGUAUUUUCUAAGAAAAUUUCACAUACGACAAAUUUUCAAAAAUUGGAUUUUAUUUUCAUACACACAUAUUUUUAUUUGCAGAAGGCUGUACAUGUAUUUUCAAAAAUAUUCCAUCUGGUUUAUUUAAAAUGUCAAAAAAUCCGAAUUAAUUGUUUAUUCAAAUAUUUCAAAUAAAAAUGUACCGUAAA